AUUGUGGCAGAGGAAUAAAAGAUGUGAUGUGAGGAGGGGGCGCAGACAGAGACAAACACUGUGGAGUCCAGCAGCGUCAGGGUCAAGUUAAAGUGUUUGUACUUAAGAAUGUAAAAGAAAAUUGAAGCUUGUGUGUAGAGAGCGUUUGUUAGUGUGACAGGACAACGGGGUACAGCCAGGAUGUCGUCAAUGAGAGGAGACAGCAGCUGGUCCCAGCCGCGGGACAUGAGCAGCCUCAUCCAGGCGUGCAGUUUCAACAUCCAGAGGAUCAAUCAAAACUCGGGUCAGAUCAAAAGUCUCCUCUCCCAACUGGGGACGAGCAAGGAGACCUCAGAGCUGCAGGAGAGGCUCCAACAGCUCCAGCACUACACCAACCAGUUGGCUAAAGAAACCAACAAACAUCUGAAGGAGCUGGGAGCACUGCCCCCGCCACUGUCUCCAUCCGAGCAGAGGCAGCAGAAGCUGCAGAGGGAACGCCUGAUGAAUGAUUUCUCUGCAGCCCUCAACAACUUCCAGGUCGGGCAGCGGAAGGCGGCUGAGAAAGAGAAGGAGACAGUGGCCAGAGCUCGAGCCGGAUCCAGAGUCAUGGGAGAUGGAGUGAAUGUGAAUGACCAGCUGGUGACAUUUGAAAAGGAUGACGAAUGGGGUCCGGACCAAACUCAGACUGAGGAGCCCGCCAUCACAGAGGAGGACCUGGAGCUCAUCAAGGAGAGGGAGACAAACAUCAAACAGCUCGAGGCCGACAUUAUGGAUGUGAACCAGAUCUUCAAGGACCUGGCAGUCAUGAUCCACGACCAGGGAGAUAUGAUCGACAGCAUCGAGGCCAAUGUGGAGAGUGCUGAGGUUCAUGUCGACAGAGGAGCAGUGCAGCUGCAGAAGGCAGCCUACUACAAGAGGAAAUCUCGUAAGAGGAUGUGCAUGCUGGCCAUGGUGCUGACGCUUGUGCUCACCAUCCUCAUCAUCAUCAUCUGGCAGGCCAUCAAAUGAGAGGAGAGGCACAGCCCGAUGACACUUUCAGACAACUUCCUCUGUGUGUGUGUAUUUAUGUGGGAGGACAACUGAGUGGGAAGAAGAGUUGGUUUGUUAUAUUGUAUGUCUUUUGAGGUUAACAGCAACAUGUUAGGAACUAAACUGCAAAUAUAUUUUGUGAUGCUGUUGAACAUUUUUUAUCGUUUGUUUUUUUAAGUCAAAAACUGACACAUGUUCUUCCUCCUGUUGUUUGGGACGUUACAGCUGUUCUACUGUGUGUGUGUGUGUGUGUGUGUGUGUGUGUGUAAACAAAAUAAAGCUAUGUGUUUUUAUGCAUGCACAAUACAAACCCUGUAUCCCUUCUCAAAAGUAACGUUCUCUUCAGUGUAACUUUUAUCACUACAGUCCCAGCUUGGAUUAUUAUGACCAAUGUUGCACAAUUUUGUACAGAGAAAGUCCAUCUUGUCUUGUUUGAGUGUGGAGUGUAGUAAGUAGUGUCUUACUCAUGAUAAUGUUGAAAGAAAUAAGGUGAAUGUGUGUCUUCAGUAAAAGAGGUUGUUUCGCUGCUCGUGCUCAGCAGAAAGAGAAUUAAAUACAGAUCCACCUGAUGAUGUAC